AUGGUCCCUAAAAAUGACCCCCCACACGUGCGCGAUCCCUUGAAGGGGGACGAGAUUGGCGCCUCUACCCCUAUCACCUCCAAAGCUAUCCCUAGGGGCCAGAAGAAAACAUUCUCGUCCUAUCAACAUACCAUUUAUAUGAAUGGAACUAAAAACAUAGUCCCUCCCAUAACUACUAACCCCUUUGGCUGGGAAGCCGCGGCUAAAGCUGUUAUGGAACCUAGAGACUUUGAGUAUGCGAAAGGAGGCGCCGGCGCCGGUGAGACAGUCAAAAGGAAUCUAGAGGCAUUCCGAAAAUGGAGCAUUGUCCCUCGUAUGGUGAGGGGAAACGUAGAUAUAUCCUUGAAAGUGACAAUACUUGGGGAGGAAUGGCCUUCGCCUGUAGCCAUCGCUCCGGUUGGUGUAAACAAGAUAUUCCACAGGGAUGGAGAGUCCGGCGUCGCUCGAGCCGCGGGAACACUAGGCGUCCCUUACGUGCUGUCAACUUUUGCCUCCGAGAGCCCUGAAGCGGUCGCUGCGGCCCAAGACUCUACUUCCGAGGACAGACCGGCCAUCCGCUGGCUUCAACUUUACUGGCCGCAAGCCGUUGACCAAGACGUCACACGCUCGAUCUUAAGACGUGCGAAGGAGACUGGCUAUACUGCACUCGUUAUUACACUGGACAUCUUCUCGAUGAGCUGGAGACCCCUAGAUUUGGAUAAUGCGUACUUACCCCUAUAUAAAGGAGCUAGCACAGCACUAGGCUUUACGGACCCCGUGUUCCGUCGAAAGUUCCGUGAGAAGUUUGGACAUGAAGUCGACGAGGAUAUGUUGAAGGGUGCGUUAGAGUGGGAGAACACUAUUUUCCCAGACAUGGCACAUUCUUGGCGUGAAUUGGAAUGGCUUCGGAAAGAAUGGGACGGGAAGAUAUUGGUGAAAGGCAUCCAACACGCGACUGAUGCCGAGUUCGCCGUACAAGCAGGCGCUGACGGUAUUAUCGUCUCUAACCAUGGUGGUAGGCAGUACGACGGUGCACAAGGCUCCCUAGAGGCCUUACAUGAGAUUGCGGCUCUAGUUGGAGACCGAGUUGACGUAUUGUUUGAUAGCGGGAUUCGGACUGGUGCGGGUAUUACCAAGGCGUUGGCGCUGGGAGCAAAGGCCGUGUUUAUCGGUCGACCGGUUGUCUACGGACUAGGGGCUAUGGGUGAGCAAGGCGUCUUGCAUGUGUUGCGUUGCUUACUUGCUGAUCUCGAGAUAAACCUUGCGAUAACCGGGGUACGCGAUGUGUCGGAUCUUCGGCCAAAUAUUCUACGCAAGAAUGAUGCGGGUGAGGCGCAGCAACAGCGGGGAUCGAAGCUAUGA